UCAGCUGCAGAACAAAUCCUGGCUUCCCUUCGCAGCUCUAUUAGCCUGCUCUGCUCUACACAAUUGCUCUACGCUCUGAGACACACCGAGAAACACACACACACACACACAGUCUUUAUACAGUAUCAUCACAGAGCGACACACACAUACACACUUCUCCUGGGGCUCCUACAGAACCAGAGGAGGAGAAAAGAGGGUGGAAGAAUUUGGCUUCAAGACCUUCAGCCGCCUUCAAACUGCUGGGAUGAGGUGGUGGCUGGUGGUGGCCAGCCUGUGGCUCCUAGUGGUCCUGACUGUCUCGGAUGCACAGAUCAGGAGCAGACCUCGCAACCAGGAUGAAGAGACCCCCCGAGGGAAAAGGAAGAGGGAUGGAAUGGGUCAUGUGCGGGCUAGAUCAGGACGCUCUAGACCUCUGAAGAUCAGACUGAUUCCUGGUCCCAGCGUCCCAGUGAAGCCUGGACAAAACCAAGGAAACACUUUGAUCCUGAAGUCCUACAAAAACCUACAAGAACAGCACUCGACCUACAACGUUAUCCCAGGUAAGCAGGGCCAGUGUGUGUACCAGGGUCUGACCAUGUUCGACCAGGCCGUUUGGUCUCCAAAGCCCUGUGUGACCUGUCUGUGUACCGGAGGGCGGGUGGUUUGUGACGAGAUCUCCUGUCCCAUAGUGCACUGCCACUUUCCCUUCACGCCCAAUGGGGAGUGCUGCCCCGUCUGCAUGGAGCCAGACCCCAACCUCAGCCUUGACCUUUCUGGUGACUCCCCAGUUCCCAAUAACCCCGGCGAGGCUGUGACCCCACUGACCCAGGAGGAGAUUCAGCGCAUCCUGUGGCGGGAGGAAGAGGAGCACCGUGAGGAAGAGGAGCGUCUGAGGAGGAAGGAUGAGGCCAGGAAGAAGAAGAGGAAGCAGAGGAAGGAGCAGGCGGAGAAACAGAGGAAGAUAGUGGAGGAAAGGAGGAGGGAGGAGGAGGAUGCACUGAGGCGACAGGUGGAGAAAGAGGAGGAGGAGUGGAGGAGGCAGGAGGAGGAGAGAAGGAGACAGGAGGAGGAGAGAAGGAGACAGGAGGAGGAAGACAGGAGGCGAAAGGAGUUAGAGAGAGCAGCAAGGGAAAAGGAAAGGAAGCUUGAGGAGGAAAGGAGGUGGCAGGAGGAGAGGUUGAGGGAAGAGCUACUGGCUCUAGAGGAAGAGGAAGAAGAGGAGCAGGAGAAUGUAGAAAAGGAGGAGGUUUGGCUAAGAGGAGAUGUGUUUCAGAUGCUCCCAAAAGAACCUGAAGAACCCGAGGAACCAGAUCUCCUCCCUGCUCCAAUUCCAAGACCUCCUGCUCCAACGGAGGACGAGCUGGAGGAGGUGGAGGCAGAGGAGGUGGAGGAGGAAGGGGAGGAGAGGGAGGUAGUGGUACAGAACAGGGGAAGCCUCCCUCCGGGCUGUGAUAUCUCUGAUGUCACUGUGACAUGUGAAAACGCCAAACUGACCUACUUCCCUCCUCUGUCCAUCCCUGAGCUCAAAUUUCUCAGUCUGGAGGGCAACAACAUCAGCAACAUCCCAGCAGAAGCCUUCAAUGGCAUCCCCAACCUGGAAUGGAUCAACCUGAAGAAAAACAAACUCACCUCUUCCGGCAUUGAUAGUAAAGCCUUCAAAGGUCUGAAGAUGCUGACACGUCUGUACCUGGAUGGGAACCUUCUAGAAGCUGUACCCUCUGACCUCCCACCCACCCUGCAGGAGCUGAAGAUCAGUGAGAACAGCCUGAAACGGAUCCACGACAAAAGCCUCGAAGGUCUGAGCAGCCUUGUGACUCUGGAGUUGGAGGGAAAUCUGCUGAGUGAGGGGAACGUAGAUCCUCUGGCCUUCACUCCCCUCAUCCAGCUCUCCUACCUCAGAUUGGGUAGAAACCACUUCCGCACUAUACCACAGGGCCUUCCCAGUUCACUGCUGGAACUAUACUUGGAGAACAACCUGAUUGAGGAAAUCUCAGAGACUGUUUUCAAUCAGACCAACAAUCUGAAUGUGGUUUCCUUAAGACACAACAGGCUGGAUGAGACCAGGAUCGCCCCUUUGGCCUGGAUCAACCACAGAAAUCUGGAGUCCAUUGACCUUUCACAUAAUGACCUUUACCUGGUUCCAUCCUACCUACCCAAAUCUCUGGUCCACCUAGUGCUGGUGGGAAAUAACAUAGAGAGGAUACCUGGUUACGUCUUUGCCCACAUGGAACCUGGUAUAGAGUACGUCUACCUCUCCUACAACAAACUGGAUGGUGAAGGAAUCGAAUCAGAGUCAUUCUUCGGCUCGUACCACUCCAUGGUGGAACUGUGUAUGGAUCACAACCAGCUGGUUACUGUGCCGUCUGGCAUCAACGAGAUGACCAACUUACACUUCCUCAGACUAAACAAUAACAAGAUCAGGAGUAUCCCUGAUGAAGGCAUCUGUGACGCAAACCACAGCGGAGACUCCACUCUGGUGGCCCUGAGGCUGGAGAACAACUACAUUGACCCUCAAAAGGUCUCACCGACAGCCUUCUCCUGUGUACGCUCCUCCUCCAGUGUGGUCUUAAAACCCCAGCGAACCAAGUGACUGGAGUCCACACAAAACCAAAAACUAAAAGACACAUGUUUAAACCCCCAGAAACAUAGAGGCAAAGAUUUUGGUUUUUAAACCACCAAAAGAAGUCAAAACCCAAGAUAAAACAUAUAAGUUUAUCCUCACUACAGUAGCUUCUUUUAAUGUGACAUGUUGAAAAUGAAAUAACAUCCACAAUAAGAAGAACGUUAGACAGAAGUUUGCAGGUUGAACAUGGAAAAAACUGGAUUCAACACAGUUAGUUCUGACGUAUUUUGCCUUAUGGGAAUGCAUUCUCCUUUCAUAGCCUUGAACUGAACCUGUACAAGCUGCAUGAUUUUUUCUUUUUCUUCUCUGGCCCUAAUACACAGUUUUAGGUCUGGUAAGUUGUUUUGCUUUCACCUGGCCAACCUUUAACUGGUAUGAAGAUGACACAACACCUUCAGAUUUCAAAAUCAAACUCAUCUGUCUCAUAGUAAAAUGUUAAAAUGGAAAGAAUUCCUGCACGAUACACCGUAAAAUGAAAACGCUAAUAAAGAAAUGGAAAGAAUUCUGUGAAGUGAGACCACAAGCCCAACACAUUACUUUAAUAACCUCAGCACCUUCAUGUUCCAUUUCUCAGUUUCUUCCAAUGGCUUCUUUCAUAAAGACUCAGACAUGGAAAAGGAGUGUGAGUAGUGAGAUCACAUGUGACACAUCCUUCAAGCUCUUUGUGUUAAAGAUUAAGGACAAGUUAAAGGAUUACGUUAAAGCGAGCACUGCUGGAGAGCUCAUCCCUCUAAUAGAUAAAGAGACAGAAGUUUUAAUGAAAUGUCUGCUCAGUCAUCUUUUCAUUCUUUAUCUGUCCUUAAGUAAACAGAAAGAAGACAGUAACUUCCUUUUGUAAAGUUAAGCUGGAUUUACACGUAUGCUUGAGGCAAAGGGUAAAUGGGAGUCCCGCUGUAGAUGCCUAUAGCUUCAAUUUUGAUUUAUAGUUCAGCGUUGGAUUUCACCCAUUGAUGGCGCCCCCACAACACUUGACAGAUGUAUCGUAUGUGAUCAGGCCAUAUUUGCUUUAAUUAUAUUCCCCACAGUAACUGUUUCACUUCACUUCAUGAUAUACAGUGACGAUGGAGUUACACUCAGGUAAUUCGACUUCACCUUUUCCCAUUUCUGAAUAGGAGACUUUUACUUGCAGUCACUGUGUUUACAUUGUUUCGUUCACUGUUGAGCGGGGAUCACAGUGAGCAGAAGGUUUGCAUUGGAGAUGUCUUUGAAAGAUGUAUGUUCUUGAACAGGAAAAGAUAUCUGAACCUCUUCAACUUCCUUAACGUUGUCUCCAUUAUCAACAAUCUCUGUUAGAAACUUGUAGGAAAAAAAACACAAGUAGCCAAUCACAGUUCUUCUGGUCACCAUAUGGUAUCUCCAUCGCCACUGUAGCCCUGAAGUGUAGUUCUACUUUUGAGGAGGCGCACGUCAGCUCCGAGGUAGCCUAUGAUAUAAAUCAAGCUAAGUCUCUGCUAUAGUUUCAUGGAGUUGGAUACAGCUGGACUGGGUGGUCUGAGGAAACGCAGUAAAUUCACUGUAAAUUCACAUUUUCUAUUAAUGAUCUCUUCAGUGUUCCUCAACACAGAAACACAAGGGUCUCCUGGAUAAUUUAACCAUACUAUAGGUCUAUGCUUAUGCUAUAACUAUCGACCUGUGUAACUGUAAUGUUAUGUAUUACUAAGUCAAUGUCAGCACUGACAGUGAACAGAAGAAAGCUUCUGCAGAUUAGAGAGUACAGCCUUUAUGUUUGAACGGGGAAUGCGGAUUGUGGAUAUUUCAGUCAGUUAAAAACUUUUUUUUAAAUUUUAUUACAAACACCAGAAAUGUUUGAAUAAGACUUAAAAAAAAUAUUUCAACAUUUAAAUCAAAAUAUAUCUGCCCUUCACUUUGCUCUUGGCUGGCCAACAUGCAUAAAAUAUAUGACAAAAUGUUUUUAUUUGAUGUGUCAAUAAUCAUAAAACUACAGUUUAACACAAUGUUAUGAUGUAGGAUUUAAAUAAACUUCACUAUGUUCCCAUUACUGCCUGAUUGAUGAAGUCCCACUUACAUUUACUACUUAUAUGAAUAAAAACACAAUAGAAUUUGCAAUUCACUACACUAUUAAGAUAAAAGGAUAAUUAUGUCAACAACAGCACUGGUAGUCAUGUUCAUUAUGUUUCAAAUAUAAAGCAAUAAGGUGCAGAUGACUGCAUAUUGACUAAACAUGUACUUCUUGUUGUUGUUGAGAUGUGCAUUAACCAACCCUUUUUGAAGCUUAAAAAUAAAGUUGUAAGUGGUGUCUGGUGGAUAAACUAUGUAAUGAAGACACCAUUUCUAAAUUACCUCAAA